UUCAGAUUUGGUUACAAAAGAUGUAAUCUAAACUUUAGGAUAAGGUUUUCAUAUUUUUAUCUUCCCCCUUUGUAAUAGUUAAGCAGCAACAAAGAAAAAAAACAGUAAAUCAAUGGCGAAUCCUUGGUGGGUAGGGAACGUUGCUAUGGGAGGAGUAGAGAGUCCAGUAACGUCAUCAGCUCUUUCUUUGCACCACAGAAGCAAUAACCCAAGUAUGCCUCGGUCGGAUCCAAGAAUGGACCAUGACUUCACCAACAACAGUGGAAGCCCUAACACUCAGACACAGACUCAGAACAGCCAAGACGAACAUAAUAGCCGAGAUGAAGUACUUGCUAUCGAACCCGGAUCUGGAUCCGGGUCUACGGGUCGUCGUCCGAGAGGGAGACCUCCAGGUUCCAAGAACAAACCGAAGAGCCCAGUGAUUGUCUCCAAAGAAAGCCCCAACUCGCUGCAAAGCCACGUCCUCGAGAUAGCCACGGGUGCUGACGUGGCGGAAGCCCUAAACGCCUUUGCUCGUAGACGGGGGAGAGGCGUUUCUGUUCUGAGCGGUAGCGGUUUGGUCACUAAUGUCACACUGCGUCAGCCUGCUGUGUCUGGAGGAGUUGUGUCUCUUCGUGGUCAGUUUGAGAUCUUGUCUAUGUGCGGUGCUUUUCUUCCGACCUCUGGCUCUCCGGCUGCAGCGGCCGGUUUAACGGUUUACUUAGCUGGACCUCAGGGUCAAGUCUUGGGAGGUGGAGUAGCUGGACCGCUUAUUGCUUCUGGACCGGUUAUUGUUAUCGCUGCUACGUUUUGUAAUGCUACUUACGAGAGGUUACCUAUUGAAGAUGAGCAACAACAACCGCAAAUAGAAGAAGCUAAGAAGGAGAAAGAGAAUGAUGAUAACGAGGGUGGGAAUGAUGGUAACGAAGGGACCAUGCAAGCACCGCCACCUCCGAUGUAUAAUAUCCCUCCUGGUUUUAUGCCAAAUGGUCAACAAGACGUGUUUUGGGGUGCUCCACCGCCUCGUGCUCCUCCAUCGUAUUGAUAGUUAGAUAAGUGAUGGUUGCAUGUUGUUCUUUUAGCUGGGAUGGUUAUGUUUUCAUCUUUUGAGAUUAUUUAGGGGUGGUUAGACUUUUGUUUAUUAAGCUCGGAUAACUUCUAGCUAGUUUUUGUUUGUUUUGUGGCGGUUAUUACUAGUUUUUCUGACUGAUCUCGGAUAGCUUUUAUGAUAUGAAUGUUAAACUGAUCGUAAAAUCGGUUUGGAGCUUUAAUGUUCUUCUCUUUAUUAUGUUGAUAAACCUGAGCAAAGUCUUUCUGUGUGUGUGGUAAGUGUUAUUCUUAUUGAUCUUUC